AUGCCAACUACCCACAACACUCAUACCAAUGCUCAUACCAACCACGGUCAUUCCAGACAUUCUCGUUCUUUCGUGGAUCAUUCAAACCGAACCAACGAAACGACCAUCUCUUCAAAUGAUCCUUAUCAAACUUUUGAUCAAACAAACCAAGAAGAACAAUUAUUUACUUUUCCCACUUCCAUUGGGAAUGAACCAGUGUUGGGAAUGUCUGAAGUUAUGACUCCACAAGAAUACUUGACUCGGUUGUUUAGCCAAAAUUCAAAGAAACAGAACUCGGAAGAUCCGGAAGAUGAUUAUAGUUUUUGGAGAACUAGGGAUAUAAAUAAUCCCUCAUAUUCUCCACGUGGGGUAUCGAGAAUGCCCAUGCAACCAAAACCGAAAGUCUCAAAGUCACAGAUGGAACAACGUGAUCUCACUGAACAAGUAUUCACACAACUCCAACUCCAACAGGAGGCGCAACCAGAGCCGGAACAAGAGGUACUUCCGGAUAAGUCUGAAUGGCCAGAUGAAUCUGUGUUGGUGGAUGAGAAGGUGGAAGAAGAAGAGGGAGUGGAUGUGAUGGGAAGAUACGUUGAUCAUCACAAGAGUAAUAUCUUCGAGCGUUAA